CAGAGCAGCCUCGCAGAGACACGAUGCGGCCACCGCCCAGCCGAGCGCGGCUCCCGCGCGCCUUGAUGCUGCUGGCCGCGCUGCUGGCCACCGGCCGAGGGCUCCCACUGAGGAAGCGAGGUCCCGGGCUCCACGGCCACUCGAGGAUGGCAGAGGCCUCACCUGCCCCCGAUCUCAGCUCCCCCAAGGAUAAGGAGACAACGCCAGGAUUCCCUGGAGACCAUCUGCAGGCAGAACCAUGCCAACCCAGGUGCCUGACUGUCCCUGAGCCAGCACCUCUGACUCUGGGCACAGCCACCCCUCCCAGGACCCUGGAACACACCCCUCUGCUGCGGGAGCUGCAGAAGCUGCCAGGCUUGGCCAACACAGACUUGAGCGCACCAAACCCCAAUAUCCAGGUGACCAUCGAGGUGGUGCAGGACGCUCAGGCUGAGGUAGAGAUGGACCUGCCUUCGGAGCCCAGCACUCUCUGGCCCCUGCGUGCCCCUAGCUGGUUGCCCGCCAGGGAACUCUUUUGGCCCCUCUUCUGGGGCUACCAGGAAGGUGAAGAAGGAGACACCAGCCUCAAAGACAGGGCUCCAGGGGAAGCAGAGGAGGAGGAAGGAAAGGACUAUGCUGUGGAGUAUGGCGAGGGUGAGGACCAAGGGAGCACCGAAGAAGAUAAGGAUGGAGAGCCUUGGUCCAGUGGGGCCAUCGACAACUGGGACUAUGGCUGGUUGGGUCCUCAGGGCCAGGACUUCCAGGAACCGGACAGCUAUGACUAUGAACCCCAGGAGGAGUGGAGCACCUGGUCUCCCUGCAGCGGGAGCUGCGGCAGCGGCCACCAGCAGAGAACACGGCCUUGCGGCUAUGCCUGCACUGCCACCGAGUCCCGAGUCUGCGACCUUCCCCGCUGUCCUGGCACCGCAGAGGAGAACACGUCGGGCUUUCCCAGUGAGGGGUGGCAGCCCCUUGCCCACAAUGCUACGGAUAUGCUUGAUCCAGAUGUAGACAGCUGUGAGAAAUGGCUGAACUGCAAGAGUGACUUCCUAGCUAAGUACCUGAGCCAAGUCCUCAGGGACCUGCCCAGUUGUCCAUGUGCGUACCCCCUGGAGGCCGUGUACAGUGCUGUGAUCCUGCAGGACAAACAUCAGGGCCGCAGCUUCCAGUGGCGGGAUGCGAGUGGCCCCCGGGAGCGCCUGGACAUCUACCAGCCCACUGCGCGCUUCUGCCUGCGCUCUGUGCUGUCUGGCGAGAGCAGCACAUUGGCUGCCCAGCACUGCUGCUACGACGCAGGCAGCCGGUUGCUGACCCGCGGCAAGGGGGCCGGAGCUCCGGACCUGGUCAGCACUGACUUUUCCCCUGAGCUGCACUUCAAGGUAGAUAGGCUGCCCUGGAUCCUGUGUAAGGGGGACUGGAGCCGCUACCACUCCGUGCGCCCCCCCAACAACGGCCGGGCCUGCGCAGACAACCCACCAGAAGAAGAGUAUCUGGCUCAACUGCAAGAGGCCAAAGAGUACUGAAGAGGAACUAGAGAAUGGUCCUUCUGCCCUUUACCCUGCCCCUGCCCAGACUGGGCAAGUAUUAGGGCUCAUCUGCGAGGCCAUCAGGCAUGCAUACCCAACUCUUGUGAUCCUGAGUCAGGAGAACCCAGGCAGGCAUCUCAAGGCCUGGUGAGAAGGUUGGAGGGUGUGUCAGGCGUAAGGACCCUGGGAUGUGUUGGGAAGGGCAGGAGCUAUCCCAGUCUGGUCAUGAGCCCUUUCCCUUCUCUCUCAGAACUGGGGCCCUUCUGCCUUUCCCUCUGUUUGGGAUAGGGCCAGGGUGGUCCAGAUACAUCCUCGUUCCCAGG